CCCGGGAGGUGCCAGAUUGCGCUUCUCACAGUUAAGCGACACAGAGGCGCAGCGAGAUACGCCUACCUGACAGGACUCCCGUCAUUCAAGGACCCGAUUUAGGCUCUCAGCCCAACACGCGAUCUGUCAAGAUGACCGGUGUAUACGAUUACAUGGCUGUGACAACAGACUACGAUAAUGAUGAUGGCAGCACCAGCCUGACCACUGAGGAUUUGGAUACUUUUUGCGACAAGGGCGUCGUCCGCUCAUUUAGGGGGUACUACGAGCCCCCACUUUACUGGGGGAUAGUCAUCCUGGGCGGCGUCGGCAACCUGCUGGUGGUGUGGAUCUACCUCCACUUCCGAAACCGCCUGAAGACCAUGACCGACGUGUACCUGCUCAACUUGGCCGUGGCCGACCUGCUCUUCCUGGGCACCCUUCCCUUCUAUGCCUCCGACGCCGUCCAGGGCUGGACCUUCGGGUCCGGGUUGUGCAAGACGGUGUCGGCCGUCUACAAGAUCAACUUCUUCAGCAGCAUGCUGCUGCUCACCUGCAUCAGCGUGGACCGCUACAUCGCCAUCGUGCAGGCCACCAAGGCCCAGAACUCCAAGAAGAAGAGGCUCUUCUACAGCAAGGUGGUGUGCCUGGGCGUCUGGGUGCUGGCCUUCCUGCUGGCCAUGCCGGAAUUCCUCUUUGCCAGCGUCAAGGAGGACUACGAGGGCAACUCCUACUGCACCAUGGUCUACCUGAACAACCAGAAUAACCGCACCAAGAUCCUGGUCCUCGCCCUCCAGAUCUGCAUGGGCUUCUGCCUGCCGUUCCUGGUCAUGUUCUUCUGCUACUUCGUCAUCGUCCGCACCCUGCUGCAGGCCAGGAGCUUCGAGAAGCACAAGGCGCUGCGCGUGAUCCUGGCGGUGGUGGCGGUGUUCGUCCUCUCCCAGCUGCCGUACAACAGCGUCCUGGUGGUGGAGGCCGUGCAGGCGGCCAACACCACCAUCACCGACUGCGAGGAGGCCCGGCGCUUCGACAUUGCCAGCCAGGUCAUGAAGAGCCUGGCCUACACCCACAGCUGCAUCAACCCCUUCCUCUACGCGUUCAUCGGGGUACGGUUCCGCAAGGACCUGGUCAAGGUGUUCCAGGCCUGCCUGUGCAUGCCGGGCAAGUUCACCAAGGUGCCGGGAGGCUCCAAGAGGUCCUCCAUGAUGUCGGACACCGAGACCACCCGGGCCCUGUCGUUGUAGCCCGGAGCGACGCUCGAUGUCCACGUUACCGUCGUGGGCCAGUUUUUUGCUCCGCAGGGUUACGUCAACAUGUGUGUGCAGGGAUGGCCCAGGAUGGGACUGAAAUCCUUUGGUCAGCAGUGCUGACUUGAGUAGUUUUUUGGGGGGUGGGGGCUGUAAAGGGUCAGUUUAGGAAAAAAUGUACAGCUUGGGACGAGACCUUUCCCCUGGGACAGCUCAAAAAAGGCUGACAUCCAGAAAGUAUGACUGUUAAAGGCCCACCUGAAGAUGGCCACUUCAUAAGUAUAGGAUAAUGGACUUUGCAUCUUAUGGACAAAAUUGUGGAACUUCUUCAUGGUGUACUGUAGGCCUUGCUGGCUGAGGUCUGAGGGGUGGUGGGGGGAUGGAGAGCCAAAUGGUGUUCCCCUAACUUUCCUCUCUACAGCAUUAGCGCAUCUUCAUCACAAAUCUCUACUUUUGGUUUUGUUGCAGGUGAAGCAGGCCCUUCCUGAAAGCCUCUCUGUCUUCAUAUUUCUGUGCAUUGCUGCUUACCUUCAUUCAUGCCUAAGAUGAGGGCAGUUGUGAACUGUUCAGAACUUUCCUGAACAUCAACCUGAAAAAUGUUUCAAAUGAUUCUCUCAUGCAGAACUUAUUUAAAAAGCCGUUUGUUUUUGUUUUUCUGACAUAAGACUGUAGAUAGAGACGGUUUUGUUUGUUUUCUGUUUGUUCAGUGAAAUGCUGCUCUUGUCUGAGGACACGUUGCUCUUUUAUGUUGUUUUGUCUGUUUUUUUAUACUUGUAAAUAACAGCAAAUAAAAAAAAAUCAAGACA